AGAUAAGUUCCGGUCGGUACUUCUAAAGUGUGUGGUUUUCGUCGCACGAUUCAGAAUUUUUCCUUUUCCAUCGCGGUGUGCGGAUUUAAAGCCGUCUAAAUCCUCGUAGUUUUUCCGGUUUUAUUAACUGGAUUGCCGGCAUCUCAGUUCACGAGCGAAACAUAGUUUCCUGGAGCACCGACACGCACGAUGGCAUCACUAGUACAAGGCGUUCGCGGCUUGGUUUGCCGGAACUCGCAACUCGUUCGGUCUUUGGCUGUUCGUUCGGUCUCGACCCUCCAGAACCGGCAACAGUCGUGCCAGCAGCGUCAGCUGUUGUUCCGGCCUACCCAGCAGCUUCUGGCCAAUCAUGAGCAAAUCGGACAUAGGCAAUUAGAUUUUACCAGGAAUUAUAGCGCUAAGGAACCUCUAACGCUGCAGCUGAUUAAGGAACGCGUACUGUUGGUGCUUAAACUGUACGACAAGAUCAACCCGGAAAAGCUGACUCUGGACUCGCAUUUUAUCAACGAUCUGGGCCUGGACUCGCUGGACCACGUCGAGGUGAUCAUGGCCAUGGAGGAUGAGUUCGGUUUCGAGAUUCCGGAUGGAGAUGCCGAAAAACUGUUCAAACCUGCCGACAUCGUUCAAUACAUUGCCGAUAAGGAGGAUAUCUACGAAUAGGUUCUUAUCUUACUUUUAUUCUUUGCAAAAACACUUUCAUUUGCCCCUAGCAUCACUGUCUGGACAUGGUGCAAAAUUAGAAGCCAGGAUUUGCGGAACCCAAACCGUUUGAAUCGCACCCGCGGUGCUUCUGUGUAGAUUUUAGAGUAAAGCGAAAACGGAUGGAAUAAAAUUUUGAUUCGACCAAGUUGAACACAAGUCAGCGCUCUGUUUGAUUCGGUCCACCCCAAA